ACCGCUACGCUAUAUACGGUCUGAUGUGCGACCUUUCUUGAAUAAUAAUGUUGAGGCGCGCCGCUUCCCCGUCAAGAAAUCAUUCUCCAAAGCUGGACAUGAUAUUCGACCUCAUAUUCUUAGGACCUUCUAUCAUCACACUGUUUUAAAGCGCCGCCGGAGCAUGUCGAAAAAGUGAUUUUCACGUUGACUCGUUGAUUCCAAGUUUAUUAUCUGAUUUGUGAUUGUGUUAAUGGACUAUCAGAAUUUUGAUAUUCGUCUUGCUGGCGAACCAAGUCAGGUUACGCCGGACUUUAUGACUUGUGGAGUCGUGCGACUUGAGCUUCUAGUGUCGGCUCAAUCAGACAAGACAGCAUGAUGGAUUCCCGCUAACAACUAUGUGCAGAUCGUUUCUAAGGGUUGAACCUCCUUAAUUCAGUUGGACUGGUUAGUGACAAUGUUUAAAUGAUUUGUAUGGUCCCUGUUGGCACUUAGCAAAUAAAACUGUCUCGGGAUAUGCUGAUACCCCAUGUCCCACGUCAUCAAGGCGUGGCAAACACGCUGAGACUAAUAACAGAUCAUGGAAGGCAAGAACAAGGGAAUAAGCAGAUAUUUCACACGAAUACUGACAUAUGUGUUAUGUAUGUGGAUUUUCUUCACAUAUUUUGUUGUCCAAAACGAUCUGACUGUAAUGCAACAAAACCGAGUGACAAAUAUGAAACUGACCAACGUGACCCAAAGGCAUAAACCCCGCGCUAUAGCUCAUGGAACGCCUAAACAUCAGCACACUACAGCUGAUGGUACGACUAGACAUAAGCCCACUAUAGCUAAUGGAACGACUGGAUAUAAGCCCAUGUUAGCUGAUGGAACGCCUGGCGAUAUGCCCUCCAUAGCCUAUGCUUCGACUUGGUUCCACUAUAUAAACUGGCCACAGGGUGCUUUCAGAAAUUUCUCUUCCUGCAGAAACAAAUGUCUGAUUUCAAACGAUCUAAAAAGUGCCGAUGCUGUGGUUUUUCAUAAUCGCGGUCGAAAUUUGAAUUCAGCUUUUGAGCUUCAUCACAGGAAUGCGAAUAAUCGACGUCACCAGGUUUUUAUUUUCUUUGGUCAAGAGUCAGAAAUACACGCAAGAAUAAACGCCGAACAUCUAAAUUCUGUCUUCAACUGGACAGCUACUUACAAACGAGAUUCCGAUGUCAUCACUAGCUAUUCGCACAUCGAACCAUUGAAAAAUGAGCACAUUGAAGGUAAAGUGACAAGAUUUUUAGCUGCCGAAUUCGACAAAGAUACAAGUCUCAUCCAAUCCAAUAAAAUAGUAACUGGAACGAACUAUGCAAAAGGUAAAAACAAGAUGGCGUUAAUGAUGGUCAACAAUUGCUAUCCAAAUACUAACAGGUUAGAAUACGCCAAGAAACUACGCGAAUAUGGCGUUCAUGUUGAUAUUUUUGGCAAGUGUGGCAAAAGGUGCCCAGGAGGCUGGUGUCAAAUAACUGAUAUUGCACAGCAAUACAAAUUUUACUUGGCAUUCGAAAAUUCCCAUUGCCCAGAUUACAUCACCGAAAAGUUCUGGACCAAUGCCUUGGGACAUGGUAUGAUACCGGUUGCCAUGGGAACGAGUAAAGAGGACUACUUGCAAGUGGCGCCACCCCAUUCGUUUAUUCACAUCGCCGAUUUCAAGACAAUUGCUAUGUUGGCGGAAUAUCUUAAGUUACUGGAUAAGAAUGAUGUACUCUAUAACGAGUAUUUUGAGUGGAAAAAACACUACCGGGUUGUUGAUACUAGCCCGGCCUGCCGUCUGUGUGAAGCGUUACAUGAUAAGAAAAAAAUGAACCGGAGGAAGAUAUAUUCCGAUAUAAAGUCGUACUGGGAUGCAACCAAUCAUUGCCAAAAUAAGGGACCGCUGCCCCUCCCAUAUAGCACAGCGCCUCAGGACCGCGAACCCCGCGUGGUUUCCGAGUUCACCACUAUGCGACGUCAGCGCCAUUCACGACCACGCUCCACACAGCGUUAGAUCCACUCUUUACGCCGUCGCGCACGCGCAGUUAACGAUAGCAGCAUGACUGCGUCACGUCACUCUCCGCUCGCAGUGCUUAUUCUAUAUCGGAUUCACGGACCGCGCCACUGUAGAGUUCCCCGCGAGGUAACGUCACGCGAAAGAUACAAUGUAAUACAAUGCAUUGCGGGUUCCUGAGCUUUGGCCGCGCCCCCAUUUCCGCGUAAUUCUCUCUGCGCUAUGACGUCACUGCAUAUCAUUACGAGCUCAUUAUCGCGUACAUUUAGGCGUGAAAAAUAUGAAGUCGGAAAUCGAUCCUAAACUUGCCAAAAUCUUUCUGAAUGGGUAGUUGAUAAAGCUUGGAAUCAGUGAAACCUUGGAACCAGUGAUAAACCUUGGAAUCAGUCCUAAAAAUGCAUAAAAACAUGAAAUAAUGCCAUUCGAACCUAACGUGGUAACGAAUCAACAUUUGGAGCUUAUUCUUACAUGAUCAGAUCGGAAUUUUAUGGUAAUUUAGAAAUCUGUCGCAUAUCCGAUUCAAUAGUCUAUAUUUUAAAACAACCCAGUUGUACCUCGCCUCCAGUGUACAGUACUGAUCUCCCAAAUAUGGGAAGACACGCCCACCACACACCCAUAAUAUGGACCAAUAGCGCUCCGCUUAUAAAUACGCCACCACCACACGGGGCCUUUUCGAUCAGACGAGUUGCUUGGGAAGUUGGGGGCCUGUCAUGCAUUAUGCAUGGAUAAGGUUGACGACUAUGUCUAGGCCUAAUUGUCUAUGAUUGACUGAUAUUUUAUAACAAACGAUGAAUAAAAGAAGCCUAGUCAUGUAUGUUUAUUACCGAAGUUUGCGGAUCAAAAUUUCCUUCGCCGUGAGCGAUUUCUUACAUCUUCCAGUACGCAUCGAGGGAUGCAGAGAUCUUUGUGACGUCACCAGUUCUAAGCGGGUUUUUUUAUUCACGUGUGUGUUUGUCCUAUGAUCUUGUGCAUCUAGUACCGAGCAUAAUACUUUAUCGUCUAUGGAAUACAAAACAAUCAUAAAAACUAAUUUUUGCUUUCAUUGAAGAGAAAUAAAAAAAUAUCUUAACGACCACAGCGCAUUGCCAAUUGAUGACGUCAUCCUCCACAUUAAAAAUGUUGGCUUCUGAACUAACUGGCAAAUUGCUAUCAAUAAAGUCAGCUGGGACGAGACUGUCAGUUGGGAGGGUAUAAAUCGUGGAAGGAACGCACCCGAUUUCCCGCGCUAUUUGCACAGUGAUUCCAUGGUUUACAUUGAAUAUUCCAAGGUUUAUCAGUGUUUCCAAGGUUUCACUAAUUCCAUACUUUAUCAACUACCUUCUGAAUGACAUGUAAACGGAACAUAUUAUUCUGGAUGAAACAUUAAUUAGUAGUUUCAUUAAGAAAAAAGUGUAAAAAGUCCUGAGGUUUGCUGUUUACGUGACUUUGAACAGCGGUCGUCGCCCGAAAAUUUGCAAUUUUUUCACGUAAUUUUGUUGAAUAAAUGCACCUAACUCAUCAAAAACAUCGCGCGUGCUCAGAAGUAAUGACUGAUAUUUAUUGUUAUAUGUAUCUUUGACUGAAUAACACGAUAGUAAAAAUGAUUAUUUCUGUCGCACGGCUGGAAAAUACGUUUAAGUUGCCUCUGAUUUUUGUCAGAAAAUGUUGCAGCCGGAUUUAGGUUCCGACCCCACCCGAAGUUGAGCCGAAGAGGCCCCGAACACUAGGAUCGCUACCAUCGCUACAAAACGUGUUCAAGAAUACUGAUUAUGAAAACUUGUCCAAUAGCCCAUCCUGCCGUCCCAUCCCUCCUUUCAUGAGACCACCAUUGCCCAAAUUUAAUGACAAAAUGAUGCAAAGAAGAAACUUAACAUUAAAGAUAACUAAUCCUCUCUUCUGCAUCUUGAAACUCUUUAACAGUGAAACGCUAACAUUGAAACAAGAACACCAAUAACAAACAGACAGUCAAUUGUUGAAGGGUGUAAAACACAAUGCAAAUUCAAAUUCUUGCAAGUGGUGCUGUUGAACUUUUCAAGUGGAAGGAAUCAAACUUAUUUUCAUUCGUGACGUUAUUUGCUUAUGAUUGUUUACACCAUUCAACAGCUUGACAUGUUCAUCAAACCCAAUUGACUGGAGAAGUGAAAGUAUUAGCUGAAAGAUAAAGCAGAAUUUUCCUGAAUGACAACAGCAUGGAUGUACAAUACAAUUACACAGUCAAAUUGAUGACAAACUUCAAGUUAAACCAAUCACAAUCUUGCAGGAAGAUGUCCUGUAAUAGGUUAAGUUUACACCUUUAACACUGGCAUUGGUCAUGCUGCUCAAAUUACAUACUUUAUCAGCUUUUUGGUAUUAUCUUUUACUGAUACAGCAACUCUAAAAAUGAGAUGAUGGCAAGUUCUGUGCGCGAUGUCUGGCACAAAAUAACUCUUGUGGGGGUACUAAUGAGGCUAUUCCCGGCUUUAUAAGCAUCAUUGAUGGCUUGGAAGCCCGUUCAGACCCAGGCCAGGGUCAGGGAAAAUAAACUAUCCAUCCAAAGGUCGUCCAAAAUUACCAGACAAUGCCUAUUAUUGAGCCAUGUCACACCUAGUAGGCCCUGGUGUUUUGGACCGUGAAGAUCCACAUUGUAAUGUGUAUAUGAUUUCUUUUCCUGAACUAUGGCAGCCUUUUACAGGCAAAUUUGGCAAAAAAGUGCCUAAACAUAGGCAACUAAAAUUACCAAACAAACAAAAGAUAUAUCAUUAUGAGAAAGUUUAUUUUCACAGAGGAUAUACAGAGAAAUUUCUGAAGAAUCAGCCGGAUUGCCCAACAGUAGUAGUAGACAUCUCAGUCACCUGGAUCUUUUCGGAAGUGAAGCAUCAUGGCUCAUGCUUUACUGUUUGAGCACAUCCACACAAAUCGAUAGUAUUCCUGGUCAAUAUCAAUGAUGAUAUGGUGGAACACAUGACAUACCUCCAGUCUCAUAACAUAACAUAACACUCACUCAGUCACUGUUGCUCUGACAUUUCUGACGACUAUUCUACCAGUAGCUUUAUCAAAAGGCUCAAAAUCAUCUGGUCAUUUGGCCACAAGUUGUAGAAAUUAUAGUCAGACUAAGCAUAUUCAUCAACAGAACUCAAACAGGCUACCAUCAUGCCAUUCUCACUUUUAACCACAACUUUUUUGAGACACGCUGUGCAUUAAAAUAUGUUUACAAUAUCGCGUCGUGCACGCAAUUGCCGCGAAAAACGGCUUGAUUAACAUCACGUGAUCCAAAACGUCAUAAAUAUUAAUGAGAUUUCCUCGAAAAAUCACCAAAUUAAGUGGCAAAAAAGAAAUAUUUAGGAAACCGGGUGCUCAAAUGUUUUAAAAGAUAUGAAUUCAUUUAGGAUUGGUCAACCACUUCGCAAAAAAUCAAUUUACCAAGUAUCGCCGCAAAGCUGGAAAAUAUCUUUGAGUGAGGUAUGUUCAGCGAAGAUUGCGAAAAUAUCAUCUUUCGAAAAAUUGAUCAAACUCGGUUGAUUUUGCUUGGAAUUUGAUGAAAUAAACACCAAUUUUUUCUUUCAAUAACUAACAAUUUCGCCAUCUUUGAUCAAUCGCUCUCCCCGAACAGUCGUGCAUGCUACAGAGGUUUUAGUCUCUGCCACAAAUAUGGCGCGAG